AGCCCACGGGCGCUGCAGCUGCAGCCGCCACCAGCACAUGGAGCAGGGGUCCCCGAGGAUUGGGAAUCCCCGACCAGGCCUGCGCGUCCAGCCGCGCGGACCCCGGGGCCAGCCUGGCCGCGGCAAGUCAGGCAGUCUGCGGCAGGAGCGCCGGGCAUGGGCUUCGGCCGGGGGUGCAGGAGGCGCGCACCCUCCGGCCGGAUGGGCGGCGCAUUCAGGGCCCAGGAGGCCAUCCCAGGGGAGCCCCGCCAGCCCCCGCCGGAGCCCGAGCUGCAGUGCCACCUGCAAGUGGUGCGCUGGCUGCAGCUGUGGCAACCCCGGAUCCCGUCCUCCCGCCUCGCACCCAUCAGAGCGGACCCCGGGGGCGACGCAGUGGCGAUGUCGGGCUGUGGGCCCAGCGGUGGCACCAGGCGGAGAAGCACCACUCAACCCCAUCCCUGGGCUGCAGAGGGCCCAGCGCGGGGGGCUCCGAGCGUCGGGAGCCUGUGGAAGAGAAGAGCGCGCGGGCGACAGUUAAAACAGGCCCUGGGGCAGGGCGCGCCUCGCGCUCCAGGGAGCCCCGCCCGCGGCACCUCCGCAGCAACCGCCGCCUGCACUGGGCGCGCGAGAGCUGCUAGGGCGGUUUCUCUGCCUCGGGCCUGUUGGGCAGGGCCGGCUAAGGUGCGCGUGCUCGCUGGUCCUAACCCUUCUGUUGGGCGUUUCUGCUGAGAGGCGGGAGGCGCUGAGAGUCUGUGCGGAGGUCCGUGCACAGACUGCUUUGCCUGUUGUUGCUCUUCGGAGGCGGCGAUCCCGGAAGGCGAGCUGAAAUACGGCUGCAGGCUACAAUUUGCAGCCGACCAUUAUGGAAGACCACAAGCCAAAGAGGUGGCCCACCCUCAGGGACCGCUUGUGCUCGGAUGGCUUCUUAUAUCCCCAAUACCCCAUUAAAUCGUAUCAUCUGAAGAGGAUCCACAGAGCUGUCUUAUAUGGUAAUCUGGAGAAACUGAAGUACCUUCUGCUCACGUAUUAUGACGCCAAUAAGAGAGACAAGAAGGAAAGGACUGCCCUACAUUUGGCCUGUGCCACUGGCCAACCGGAAAUGGUACGUCUCCUGGUGUCCAGAAGAUGUGAGCUUAACCUCUGUGACCGUGAAGACAGGACACCUCUGAUCAAGGCUGUACAACUGAGGCAGGAGGCUUGUGCAACUCUUCUGCUGCAAAAUGGCGCCGAUCCAAAUAUUAUGGAUUUCUUUGGAAGGACUGCUCUGCACUACGCUGUGUAUAAUGAAGAUACAUCCAUGAUAGAAAAACUUCUUUCAUAUGGUACAAAUAUUGAAGAAUGCAGCAAGUGUGAAUAUCAGCCACUGUUACUUGCUGUGAGUCGAAGAAAAGUGAAAAUGGUGGAAUUUUUAUUAAAGAAAAAAGCAAAUGUAAACGCAAUUGAUUAUCUUGGAAGAUCAGCCCUCAUACAUGCUGUUACUCUUGGAGAAAAAGAUAUAGUCAUUCUUCUUCUGCAGCACAAUAUUGAUGUGUUUUCUCGAGAUGCGUUUCAAAAGAUUGCAGGAGAUUAUGCCAGUGAGGCUAAGAAUAGAGUCAUUUUCGAACUAAUUUAUGAAUACGAAAGAAAGAGAUAUGAAGAUCUUCCUAUAAAUAGCAAUCCAGUGUCUUCUCAGGAACAACCAGCCUUGAAGGCUACAAGUGGCAAGGAAGAUUCUAUUUCGAAUAUAGCCACACAAAUAAAGGAUGGACAAAAAUCUGGGACAGUGUCUUCUGAGAAACAACCGGCCUUGAAGGAUACAAGUGACAAGGACAAUUCUCUUUCGAACACAGCCACAGAAAUAAAAGAUGAACAAAAAUCUGGGACAGUGCUUCCUGCUGUUGAACAGUGUUUAAACAGGAGUCUCUACAGACCGGAUGCUGUUGCACAGCCUGUGACAGAGGAUGAGUUUGCUUUGGAAUCUGAGAUUACUUCAAAACUAUACAUCCCAAAGAGAAAGAUUAUUUCUCCACGAUCUAUAGAAGAUACGCUUCCUCCUGUUGAAGAGGCUGCUGACAGGUGUCUCUACCUACUGGACCGUUUUGCACAGGCUGUGGCAAAGGAUAAGUUUGCUUUGGAAUCUGAGAAUAUUUCAGAACCAUACUUUACGAACAGAAGGACUAUUUCUCAACAAUCUGCAGAAAAGUUAGAUGCUGCAUGUGGCAUUGACAAAACAGAAAAUGGAACCUUGUUUGAAGACCAAAAUGUUGAUAAGGAAGGAAAAGCACUACCAGCAACUGGACAAAAAGCAAAUGUGUCUCCUGAGCAACCGCCUUUAUUCACGCAUACGGUGAAAGACAGAGAUCACAUUUCAACUAGAUUCUUAGGAAGUAUGGAUUCACUAACUUCCAGUGAAGAAUCUUCUGAGCGACCUCCUUUAUCCACGCUUACUCUGAAAGAGGCAGAUCCCAGUUCAAAAGCAGCCAUGAGAAGGAAGGAUUCACCACCUCCAGGAAAAGUAUCUUCUCAGAAACAACCAGCUGAGAAGGCUACAAGUGAUGACAAAGAUUCUGUUCCAAAUAUAGCCACAGAAAUAAAGGAGGGACCAAUAUCUGGGACAGUGUCUUCUCAGAAACAACCAGCUGAGAAGGCUACAAGUGACGAGAAAGAUUCUGUUUCAAAUAUAGCCACAGAAAUAAAGGAGGGACAACAAUCUGGGACAGUGUCUCCUCAGAAACAAUCGGCCCAGAAGGUUAUAUUUAAAAAGAAAGUUUCUCUUUUGAAUUUUGCCACAAGAGUAAUAGGCGGUUGGAAAUCUGGAACAGUGUCUUCUCAGAAACAACCACCCUCAAAGGCUACAAGUGACAAGACAGAUUCUGCUUUGAAUAUAGCUACAGAAAUAAAGGAUGGACUACAAUGUGGGACAGUGUCUUCUCAGAAACAACCAGCCUUGAAGGCUACAACUGACGAGGAAGAUUCUGUUUCGAAUAUAGCCACAGAAAUAAAGGAUGGAGAAAAAUCUGGGACAGUGUCUUCUCAGAAACAACCAGCCUUGAAGGCUACAACUGACGAGGAAGAUUCUGUUUCGAAUAUAGCCACAGAAAUAAAGGAUGGAGAAAAAUCUGGGACAGUGUCUUCUCAGAAACAACCAGCCUUGAAGGCUGCAACUGACGAGGAAGAUUCUGUUUCGAACAUAGCCACAGAAAUAAAGGAUGGAGAAAAAAUUGGGACAGUGUCUUCUCAGAAAAAACCAGCCUUGAAGGCUACAAGUGAUGAGAAAGAUUCUUUUUCGAAUAUAACCAGAGAAAAAAAGGAUGGAGAAAUAUCUAGGACAGUGUCUUCUCAGAAACCACCAGGCUUGAAGGCUACAAGUGACGAGAAAGAUUCUGUUUUGAAUAUAGCCAGAGGAAAAAAGGAUGGAGACAAAACUAGGAGAGUGUCUUCUCAGAAACCACCAGCCUUGAAGGCUACAAGUGACGAGGAAGAUUCUGUUUUGAAUAUAGCCAGAGAAAAAAAGGAUGGAGAAAAAUCUAGAAAAGUGUCUUCUGAGCAACCACCAGGCUUGAAGGCUACAAGAGACAAGAAAGAUUCUCUUUUGAAUAUAGCCAGAGGUAAAAAGCAUGGAGAAAAAACUAGGAGAGUGUCUUCUCGGAAAAAACCAGCCUUGAAGGCUACAAGUGACAAGGAAGAUUCUAUUCCAAAUAUAGCCAAAGAAACAAAGGAUGAACAAAUAUCUGGGACAGUGUCUUCUCAGAAACAACCAGCCUUGAAGGCUACAAGUGACAAGAAAGAUUCUGUUUCGAAUAUACCCACAGCAAUAAAGGAUGGACAACAAUCUGGAAGAGUGUCUUCUCAGAAACAACCGGCCUGGAAGGCUACAAGUGUCAAGAAAGAUUCUGUUUCGAAUAUAGCCACAGAAAUAAAGGAUGGACAAAUACCUGGGACAGUGUCUUCUCAGAGACAACCAGCCUUGAAGACUACAGGUGAUGAGAAAGAUUCUGUUUCGAAUAUAGCCAGAGAAAUAAAGGAUGGAGAAAAAUCUGGGACAGUGUCUCCUCAGAAACAAUCGGCCCAGAAGGUUAUAUUUAAAAAGAAAGUUUCUCUUUUGAAUAUUGCCACAAGAGUAAUAGGCGGUUGGAAAUCUGGAACAGAGUAUCCUGAGAAUCUGCCCACCUUGAAGGCUACAAUUGAAAAUAAAGAUUCUGUUCUGAAUACAGCCACCAAAAUGAAGGAUGUACAAACAUCCACACCAGCAGAACAAGACUUAGACAUGGCAUCAGAGGGAGAGCAAAAGAGGCUUGAAGAAUAUGAAAAUAACCAGCCACAGGUGAAAAACCAAAUACAUUCUAGGGAUGACCUUGAUGACAUAAUUCAGUCAUCUCAAACAGUCUCAGAGGACGGUGACUUGCUUUGCUGUAAUUGUAAGAAUGUCAUAUUACUCAUUGAUCAACAUGAAAUGAAGUGUAAAGAUUGUGUUCACCUAUUGAAAAUGAAAAAUACAUUUUGUUUAUGGAAAAGAUCAAUAAAACUUAAAGAUAACCACUGUGAGCAACUUAGAGUAAAAAUUCAAAAAAUGAAAAAUAAGGCUAGUGUACUACAAAAGAGACUAUCUGAAAAAGAAGAAAUAAAAUCGCAGUUAGAGCAUGAAACACUUGAAUUGGAAAAAGAACUCUGUAGUUUGAGAUUUGCCAUACAGCAAGAAAAAAAGAAAAGAAGAAGUGUUGAAGAGUUGCACCAAAAAGUUAGGGAAAAGUUAAGAAUCACAGAAGAGCAAUAUAGGAUAGAAGCUGAUGUGACAAAACCAAUUAAACCGGCUCUCAAAUCAGCGGAGGUGGAAUUGAAGACAGAAGGAAAUAAUUCAAAUCAGGUUUCUGAAACUGAUGAAAAAGAAGACCUGCUGCAUGAAAACCGCUUGAUGCAAGAUGAAAUUGCCAGGCUCAGGCUGGAAAAAGACACAAUAAAAAACCAAAACCUGGAAAAGAAAUACUUAAAAGACUUUGAAAUUGUGAAAAGAAAGUGUGAAGACCUUCAAAAGGCUCUAAAACGGAAUGGGGAAACAUUAGCAAAAACGAUAGCCUGUUAUAGUGGACAGCUUGCUGCUCUGACGGAUGAAAACACAACGCUCCGUUCCAAACUGGAGAAGCAAAGAGAGAGCAGGCAAAGACUGGAAACAGAAAUGCAAUCAUACCGUUUUAGACUGAAUGCUGUUCUAUGUGAUCAUGAUCCUAGUCACUCAUCAGAAAGAGACCAAGAGCUUGCUUUCCAGGGCACAGUAGAUAAAUGUUGUCAUUUACAGGAAAAUUUGAAUUCUCAGGUUCUGAUUCUUUCUCUGCAACUUUCUAAAGCUGAGAGUAAGUCCAGAGUCCUCAAAACUGAGCUCCAUUACACAGGAGAGGCUCUGAAAGAAAAGGCUUUGGUUUUUGAACACGUGCAAAGUGAGCUAAAGCAAAAACAGAGUCAAAUGAAGGACAUUGAAAAAAUGUACAAAAGUGGAUACAAUACAAUGGAAAAAUGCAUAGAAAAGCAGGAAAGAUUUUGUCAACUAAAAAAACAAAAUAUGUUGCUUCAACAGCAACUGGAUGAUGCUCACAACAAAGCUGACGCUCAAGAAAAAGCAAUAUUUAAUAUUCAAGCCAGAUGUGAUGCUAGAGUACAAAACCUUCAAGCUGAGUGCAGAAAGCACCGUCUUUUACUAGAAGAAGACAAUAAAAUGUUGGUCAAUGAAUUGAAUCAUUUGAAAGAAAAAGAAUGCCAAUAUGAAAAAGAGAAAGCAGAAAGAGAAGUAGCUGUGAGACAGCUUCAACAAAAACGAGAUGAUGUCUUAAACAAACAAUCAGCAACAAAAGCUUUGCUGGAUGCUUCAUCGCGUCACUGCAUCUAUUUAGAAAAUGGGAUGCAGGAUUCAAGGAAGAAAUUAGACCAGAUGAGAAGUCAAUUUCAAGAAAUACAGGAUCAACUUACAGCUACUAUAAGAUGUAUUAAGGAGAUGGAAGGCGACGCACAAAAGCUUGAAGUAGAACAUGUGAUGAUGAGAAAAAUUAUUAAAAAACAGGAUGACCAAAUUGAGCGGCUUGAGAAAAUCCUGCAGCAUUCAAGUUUGAUGCUGCAGGUGUUUGAGAGCUAGAUGAAGAUAUGGACAUUUCUGGAAUUGCAGAGCCCCCUCUACAUUGAGCACAAGACAGUGACGAAUCCACAUUGUUCAGCCAGAAAGUCACCUCUGAGAGCCAAGUGUCUGACUAUAGACAGGAGAGUCAAAGAAUGAUAACGACAUCUCAGGAAAAUUGUGAAAAUAAUCAGCAAGCUUUCUCCACAGACACUACCCAAAGCGGUCCUUCACUACAGUGGCAGACAGACCUGAAAAUUUUCAUCUGAAGCAGCAGAGUGAACUGCAGAGUCAGGUCACCAACCAGUGUGGAGGCGAAAAGCGGGCCUCUCUGGGGAUUCCAGGUGGAAGUGUUGGACAUCUGUACUAUUCCUGGUCUCGAAUCAUCCUGAUAUUCUUCAUUUUGUUAUUCACAUUGGACCAGGAGAUAGAAUCUGACUAUGUUGACCAGGCUGGUCUUGAACUCUUGGCACCCAAGCGAUCCUUUUGCCUGGAAUCCCAAAGUGUCAGAUUUACUGAAGAACAUUUCAUUGUAAUUACUUUUUAUACUUUAUAGGUCAAGAGCUCUGUUUUAAAGACAAAAUUUAUUGAAUAUACUUUUUCAAACAAAGUUUCAUGUUCUAAUCAUUGUCUGAUUUCAGCAUUAAAUGAAACACAGUAAAGAAAGUUGGGCUGA